CAACUCCAAGUCGACAUACCAAAGUUAGCAUGUGAUCUUGAAACCCGUGAAGAAUCUUCACGAUCAGAGUCAUGUGAUCUCGACAUAGAAGAACUUGUUAAAUUCGAUCAAUACGAUGACCAAGUUAGAUAA